CUGCCUCCGAGGUUUCGGGAGUCAGCAGCUUCUUCUUCGCCGACUUUACGUCCUAGUACUCCUAGCUCGGGAAUUAAUCCUUCACCCGCUCCCUCUCCUCUUUCUUCAUCACCUCAUCCCAGCCAAGGUAAUACGUCUACUCAUCAAUCUCCUAGCGGCAUUUGCACCAACACCGGACAAACUAAUUUUGUUGUCGACAGAAACGCUGAUGUCCUACGUUUCAAACCUGCCACAAUUGCUCCACAGCAGUACCUUCACUCUUAUCCUCAUCCUCAAGCUGUACCCACUGUUUUGCAUGUUUACCCAGACUCUGGAUCUUCUUUGCAGAUGAACCAACAGCAUAUAUUUUCUAACUUUAAUAGACCACCGGCCCGUUCCUUACUCGCUACAUCCGCCUCCCAAGUGGUCUUAAGACCUGCGCUUUUGCAAAAUAUACAAGCAUCAUCUAGCGAGAGAACUGCCAUUUCUAUUGCCCAGCCUGUCAAUACUAUCGCCAAUCUCCAAGAUGGCCAGACGGCUGUAUUUUCCCCUGUCAAGGUCAAUUCCCCACAGACUAUAACUGUUCCAAUGACUCUGUUAUCACCUGAGGAUAGCCGUCACUCUGUUCACUUUCAACAACGCUUCUUGUCUGAUGCAACUACGGCAUCAGAUCAUUAUACAAGCUUGGGGAAUUCUAAUGUACGCAUGAUUCAAAAGACCCUUGCCUUCAACACUCAUCCCGCCCCCUCUCUUUUUGUCAGUCAAACCAGUCCCGUCGUUAUCCAAUCAGAUAAAGGGGGAAUCGCCAAUGUAGUGAUUUCCAACGACUCUAAGAUCUCUCUUAAUCAAUCCAAGCAAGACCAAAUAAGAAUUCCAGAUCAAAACGUGGUUGUUUCUACCGCCUCAUCCGAUUUGCUCUCUAUCAGAGCAGUUCCCUCGAAUGCUGUACCAUUGCGUCCUACAAAGCCAACAUCACUCUCAAAUACAUCUGUAAAAAAACGCCAAAAUCCAACUCCUUCAACUAACAGUAAAAAACGGAAAACUGCUCUGUCGCCAGUUUCAGCCGUUAAUAAUAAAUCAGCGACUGCCUGUGGUGCAUUGGAUUCAUCUAAGCAGCCAUCUGUCAAUAAGGCGACUCCGGAGAUAGUUCAGCAACUAUUGGAUAAACUUAAGCACCAAGAGCCCAAGGAUUUAGUAUCUGAUCCUCGAAUAUCUUCAUUUGCCUUUGUCCUUCCGCCCUAUGGAGCUGCAUCUCAUCCUGUUUUUUUAUGCUCACCGCAAGAAGAAGAUCUAAGAUUGCGUGAAAAAGGCCUCAAGUAUCGACGUACUCCUUUUUCUUCUUCUGUUCAACGAUCCUUUGCCCUCGGCGGAGACGAAGAGGUCUCAGAUUCGUUUAUGCUGCAGCAUAUGGAGGCCAAUACUCCAAUAGAACCCAUGCUCCACACGACAAAACACCUUAAAUUCUCACCUAGUUCCCAACGCCCGCAGGUCUGCCCCUCACCCAAGCCUGUAAGUCUUGAAAGCAGCUUGAUGGCCCUCUAUACUGGAACGAGCCAAUUAAAAUCUGGCUUUGACGAUUCUGAAUCUGAUCCAGCAACAACUCUCCUCCCAGUUUUCCACAUUGCUAAUAAUAUUUCUCGAGAUUUUCCUCAAGAUCGAUGUACUCCACCUCUUCCCGUUUAUCAUAUGCCUAAUCCGCACCUCUUGAUCCGCUCUCCUGGAAUAAAUGGGAAGGGCAUUGAAUCUAAUAAGAAGGAUUGCUUGUCUGCUGAGCUAUCCUGUGCUAAAGAAACUUCUCCUUACACAGAUGAUUCUUCACUGCCGGUUGUGGACUCCGAAACCGGCGAGGUUUUAGGUGGCCGAAGACCCAAGGAAGCCAGAGAAGUGACAGGGGAAGACGAACAGCUUCAUGUAACGUUUACCAUCAAUUCUUCAAUGACAGACAGUGUACCAGAGGUUAUACGUCGCAUCACUGAUCUGCUUGGCAUUGAUUCUGGUUCCCUUACAUACGAAGUCACUCGCUCUGGCACACAGAUCACAUUCGGUCAGAAUCAAAGCCAAUCUAAGAAUGUUAUUAGAGAUUUGGAAAGUCAUUUAAGACAGCAUUUCACACCACUCUCUAUGCAUUUAACAAAGUCUAUUAAUGAGUGCAAAAGUAAUUCUUCACUGACUUGCUCUGGUUGUGCACCGGUAAUAGCUCCUCGAGAUACAGUUGAUUCUGCUAUUUCUUCAGAUCCUAAGUUUUCUUCCAGGCCUUUGGAGCCUAACUUCAAUUCAGGCCAACCUUCCAGCUUAAAGUACUCUGAAGAUCCUGUAAGUAUAUCAAAGCUCCUUGCACUAAAACGCGAUGCUACUGAGCUUUGUAAAUACUGCGAAGUUCCUGUCCCGCCGGGAUCAGCCGUUCUCAAACGUGUUGAUGAGUUGGCAUCUGCCGCAGGCCUUUCUAUACGCUCAGACUUCACGUGUACAGAAACGUCGGAGCUCAUUUUUUGUGGCGAAUCUUGUGUUUCCAAGUUCUCAGCAGCUGUAGCGGAUCAUCGCCUCCGUAUUGAUUCCACCGGGGAGAAGCCCCAGGUUGCUUUUUCGCAUAUGCAGCAUCAAGGCACAUUUUCUCAACACCUUUCCGGCUGCCAUGAACCGCGUCAACAGCUUAUUGUUAGUGAGCUUGUCCCAACUGUCCCCAUUCUUCUACAGAACGCUCCUCUCAAACCACUAAAAGCGAAUAUAUCCAACAAGCGAAACGCAUUGCAGAUAAAUUGCAAUUCCACAGCGUUAAAGCGCCGACUUGGCACACCAGGAUCCAUCUCUCCUAAAUCCAAACGCUGGAAAGGAGUGCGUUGGCGAUCCUUCGCUUCUGAUCAGGCUAUAAAAGAUAAAGAUUCUGGUCAUAAGCCGAAUAGCGCAGAAGCGUUGGAAUUGCUUAGGGGACAUUCUGGCAUCCUUCGUGAUCCUCUGCUUAAUGAUCUUCGUUCUUGCUUCCUUUGCCACCGAGCUGGCGACCUUCGCGAGGACGGGCCUGGAAGACUUCUCUGCUACGGAGUUGACGAGUGGAUCCAUCUUAAUUGCUCACUUUGGUGCUACGAGGUCUAUGAGGCUAUCUGUGGCUCGUUAAACAAUGAGCGCUCUUGCUAUAUCCGAGCAAGACGCACCCCCUGUUCCUAUUGUGGCACCCUUGGUGCUGGCUUGCCUUGCUAUAACCCGAGAUGCUCCGCUGUAUAUCAUGUUCCCUGUGCUCAGGAAAUAGGCUGCAUGUUUUUUACUGAUCGCGGUAUGUACUGCCCCCAGCACCAGCCACUGGAACAUCAUCCUAUGAAGCUCCCCUCUUUGGCUGUAUAUCGUCGUGUCUAUUUGGCUCGGGAGGAAAACGAACAGGUUGCUCAGGUCAUCCACGAAGAAGAGCCUCUUCACAUUGUCCGAAUAGGGGGACUUUGUCUUCAUUCGGUUGGCCAACUACUUCCUCACCAAUUGGAAAGCGGAAGAUUCCACACACAACGCUACAUUUAUCCUGUAGGUUUUCGAACUGUCCGAAUAUAUUGGUCCAUGCGCCGAGUCUUUUGCCGUGGCCGAUACCUCUGCGAAGUACAAGAGUGCAGUGGAGCACCAAAUUUUGUUAUCACAGCGAUCGAUAAGGGACUUGCUAAUGAGACAGUUAUUGGUGCUACGUGUGAUGCUGCUUGGCACCAGAUAUUAGGACGUAUUGCUAGUCUGCGUACUUCGCAUCGGCUAAUAAAGCUUUUCCCCCAAUACAAUAAAGGUGAGGAUCUCUUCGGUCUCUCGGAGCCGCAUAUAGUUCGUGCCAUCGAGUCAUUGCCUGGCGUCGACCAACUUCGUGAUUACGUCUUCAAGUUUGGUCGAUUGCAAUUGAUUGCCGAAAUGCCACUUGCCAUUAAUCCCUCCGGUUGUUCAAGGUCAGAGCCCAAAAUGAGGACUUACAUCAAACGGACUCGCCGAAAUGGUGACUUCAUUCCAUCCACCUCAACUCGGUUUACGUCUUCAGGCUCGUCUGGACUCAUGCAUCGCAACUCCAUUGCUCAUCUUUCAUUGUACAAUAAACUUCUCCCUGGAUCCGUUGAUACUUCUUCUCGACAGAGUUUAGUUGGCAGGUCUCAACAGUAUAGAAGGCUAAAACUGGAGAUAAAUAACAACAUAAUUCUAGGAAGAUCGCGAAUUCAAGGCCUUGGAUUGUUUGCGGCUCGUGAUCUGGAUCAGCAUACUAUGGUGAUUGAAUACAUAGGUGAACUCAUACGUGUACAGCUUGCCAACAAACGCGAAAAAGUAUAUGAAGCACACAAUCGAGGGAUAUAUAUGUUUCGCCUAGACGAGGAUACUGUAAUCGACGCUACAGUUAGCGGUGGUUUAGCUCGUUACAUCAAUCAUUCGUGUGAACCAAAUUGUGUGGCUGAGUACGUCAAUUUUGGUGAAGGCGGACACAUUGUUAUUAUUACGACGUGUAAAAUCCAUAAAGGUGAGGAACUAACCUAUGAUUACAAUUUUGACCUCGAAGACUGCACCUCUAAAAUUCCCUGUCACUGUGGCUCAUUCAACUGUAGAAAGUGGAUGAAUUGA